AUGGCGGAAGUUGGGCAGCUCGAAUCAGAGCAGGUAGCUCACCAGCUUAUUUGAGCAAGAAUACAUAUAUUUUGCUUGGCUAUUUGUUAUGAAAAGAUGAAUUAACGUUACACAUGGCUAACUUAUCUCUCUUACAACAGGACAUUGAGAAGAAAAUUGAGGAGACAAGACAGAAGUUCAAGAAUGAGUACGUCCAAGGUAAGUGCAUGCUAACAGGCUAGUUAGCAAAAUAACAUUUGACACAACAACACCCAAUAAUCUAGCUACUGUAACAGCUAACGUCAUUCGCUAACAAGUUAGCUAAAAGCCAGACAGCUAUGGGCUGGCUGUUCGAUUUCAGUCCAUCAAUCUAGUUUACUUAGCUCGUUAACGUUAGUUAGCUACCUAUUUGACUGGGAACAGAUAAUACUUUUGAAAUAGUUGCCUGUUGCCAUAUGUUCACAUGUCAUGUGCCACUUGUAAACAAUAAUGAUCAUAAUCAUCAUCAUCAUAGCUAUUCAGUUGUCUGACAGAUUGUUCUGAUACAUUAAUUCAUUGAUGAAUAGAUAUUGGUUUGGCUACUGGCAAUGACAUGUCUGUGUUCACACCAUGAUUAUAAUGUAAACUAGUUUUUUUGUAAUAGAAAAGCCUGUUAUUUUGAGUAGCCUACUUGAAGUGAAGACUGCCAUACUAUGCCUUUCAGUCCCCUGAUAAGCGUUCUUGAAAGACCAAUCCCUCUUUGACAGAACACUUGUUUCAGAAACAGCUACAUUUAGUAAAUGAGGUAGCUGAAGUAGCUAGGUACCCUUGUUUUGUUUUGCAUACAGUAGGCUAAUUGCUGUCAUCACUCUAUGGUAGGGUCUUGUCGUAAAAGGUUAGAAGCAACAAACUCAUAGGUGUGUUGUUGGAGUAGGUAUUCAGUUUAUAUAUGAGUAAUGUAAGUUGUUUACUUCUCUAUCCCUCAAAGAAUCUGACAAAUAUGACUCCAGAGAUGUGGACAGGAUACAGAAGGAUGACGCUCUGGUGGAGGCAUACCUGACAUGGCGACAAUACUCAGUGGACGAUGCCUUGAAGAUGAUUGACGACAGUUUCCUGUGGAGGAAAGAAUUUGGUUUGAAUGGUGAGGAGACUGGGAUCGAGUCACAACAACAUUUAAUUUAACGUUGCAUAUAAAUGUUCGAAAUGACACAAUUUUAUGUGUACAACAUCUAAAGACCUGCAUCACUAUACUGAGAGCUUUGCCGUUUCUAAAAGGACAUAUGUGGGUGUUUUUGGAGCCUUUGUUCAUGUUUAUCUGCGGCCCCCAUACUGCAGAACGAGAAAUGAGGAAGUGUAUCGCAAGUGGGGUAGGUUCCUCAAAACCAAGUUAAAUCACAAAAAAAGUGUCUGGACCCUUCUAUAACAUGCCAUUUGCAUCAUAUAGAGAUUUGGUUUUAAAAAGUUAACUUAUCCUUUUUAAGUUUGAGUGUAGAAAACAGGAACAGCACACAUUCUCACACCCUGCUAAAGUGGUGUUCUAACUAUAUUCAAAUACAGGCAAGUUAUAAAGAGCAUUUUUAUGUAGGCCUAUCAGCAUCACCACACUCUGACGAUUAAUCAAAUCAAAAUGUAUUUGUCACAUGCGCCGAAUACAACAGGUGUAGACCUUACAGUGAAAUGCUUACUUACAAGCCCUUAACCAACAAUGCAGUUUUAAGAAAAAAUACCCCAAAAAUAUCACAAACUACAAUAUAAAAUAAUACGAAAUAAAAGUAACAAAUAAUUAAAGAGCAGCAGUAAAAAUAACAAUAGUGAGGCUAUAUACGGGGGUACCGGUACCGAGUCAAUGUGCGGGGGCACCGGUUAGUUGAGGUAAUUUAGGUAAUAUGUACAUGUAGGUAGAGUUAUUAAAGUGACUAUGCGUAGAUAAUAAACAGAGAAUAGCAGCAGUGUAAAAGAGGUGGGGUGGGCUGUCUUUGUGUGCCAAUGUCGGAUAGAUUCUUGGCCUUCUUACAUUUUCGUCAUUUAGCAGACGCUCUUAUCCAGAGCGACUUACAAAUAGCCUUCUCUCAGAGAAGGCUUCGUUGUCUCCGGGCUGUACGGAUGGACUAUCUUCUAUAAGUUUCACUUAUAAAUUGCUGCAUUUUACUCAUGCAAUUACAGGGUUUUAAGGCAGACAACAGUCAGUUUGUUAAAUCGGUGUCAUGCAGAAAUUGGAUAUCUGAUAUGAGUUAUUGUCCCUUGUUGACAAGUUUUGUCUGUCUUGGAUGGAGGAGAGGAGGUAGGAAUACUUUGGUUUUUUAAGAUAAUUAUUUUGGCCAGUAAUUGUUAAUGUUAUGAAACUUUCUUAUUGAAUGCUCUAUUAGAUUUUUGGCUGAGAAAGAUUUGUCUUAUUUCAGACCUCACUGAGAGCAGCAUUCCAAAGUGGAUGUUUGAGACGGGGGCUGUCUUCCUCCACGGCUACGACAAGGAAGGCAACAAGCUCUGUAUGUUGAUUCAUUAUACUCAUACGGUACCAUAUGUAUAAUUGAUUUCUCUCUAAUAAUUGCUCACUGACACAAUAUUGAUACCCCUUACAAAAGGAUACGGAAAAUGUUCAGCCAUUGUUCUAUAAUAUGUUUACCACAUGUUGAGAUUAUUGAAUGCAAUACUUUUGUCUGUUUUCAGUCUGGUUCAAAGUCAAGCUACAUACCAAGGAUGCAAAGACCAUUAUGGACAAGAAGAAGUAUGUUGCCUUCUGGCUGGAGCGCUAUGCUAAGAGAGAGCCAGGGAUGCCACUCACUGUUGUGUUCGACAUGGCCGAUUCAGGGAUCAGCAAUAUCGUAAGUGAACACUUACCUGUUUGAUUAACAUUGUAGUCUUUUCUUGUAUUUGUCACCUGCCCUUAUUAUUUGAUAGUGUUUGAAGAAUCACUGUAAUUUCAUCCAUGGCUACAGUACGUCAAUAGCUCUGGUUUCAAUCAAUGUCACUGUUGAUCCACUCUACAUAGGUUAAAGGAGGGCUUUAUUUUGGUUCACAUGUUUGCCCCCUUUUCAAAAAGAUGUGGCCUAACUCUGUGCGUGGUUAUGAGUGUCAUUGAAUCCCUGGUGAGCAUCCUAAUUUUGCUUGCUGUUUGAGCCGGGGAUUUGGAGGGAUUGAUGUUCUUCAGUGCUUAGCACGUUGGAGAUUAAAGUGACCUUUAAAUCCGUUUGGUCAAUCCAAGUCGACUGAUUGCCUAAUCCAUAGACUGACUUUGUCUCUGUCGGAGCCUCCCAGCAGGCACUCUCCUCUCAGUCAGCCAGCUCGCUUCACAGGCCAAACUCUCUCCUGGAGAAAUGCCCCAAUUAAACACACACACACGAGCCAGAGAGAGAAUAAAUAACUUCACAAAUCCCAAAUAUGAAAUUUGUAGAUCAGUUUGGGAAGCAGUCUUAAUGAAGUUUGCUGAAAUAGCCCACUGUGUGGGCUGGAACAGGCCUAGGCAGUGUUAUCUCAUUAACUUUCUUAGGGAGUCUAGUGGCUGAAAAUGAAUCUGUCUGUAGGGCAUGGGAUCUAGACAGGCUCCUCCUAAGGGUCUGAGUAGAUUGAUAGUGUUGUCUGACGAUAAUAGGCCAAUAUGGUAAUGCAAACAUGACUGAGUGAAUUCUCAUGAAGGAGGCUUUUAAAGGUAGCUGUAAUCCAUUCAACUGACUGUGGAGAGUUUUAGAUACCGGUAGUCUUGUGUGUUUGUAUUAAUUCAACCUUUGUCCUUGUUUCAGAGGCCUCAGGAGAUAUAGCAUUGGUUUGUUUAGAGAACACAUUUGCACACACCAACAGGAAACCUUUGAGUUUCAAAGCUGUCCGUAGUUAUCGUAGCCAAGGCUUGAUAUGGAGAGCGAGUUUAUACAACCUUUUUAUCAAGAUCAAGGUUCCUCAAUCAUACAGUAAACAACCAAACUGCAACGUGUCAGCAAAUACUGUGAUUAAUACAAUCAGCGUAAUAUAAGUAGACUAGCCUUUGCCUUAGAUGUGGUGUUUCAUGGGGUGCCAUGGGCAGUGCACACAUAAACUCAGCAAAAAAAGAAACGUCCUCUCACUGUCAAACUUAACAUGUGUAAAUAUUUGUAUGAACAUAACAAGAUUCAACAACUGAGACAUAAACUGAACAAGUUCCACGGACAUGUGACUAACAGAAAUGGAAUAAUGUGUCCCUGGGGGUCAAAAUCAAAAGUAACAGUCAGUAUCUGGUGUGGCCACCAGCUGCAUUAAGUACUGCAGUGCAUCUCCUCCUCAUGGACUGCAGCAGAUUUACCAGUUCUUGCUGUGAGAUAUUACCCCACUCUUCCACCAAGUACAGGCCUCGGUGUAACGCUCAUUCCUUUGACGAUAAACGUGAAUCCGACCAUCACCCCUGGUGAGACUAAACCGCAACUCGUCAGUGAAGAACACUUUUUGUGGGUUUGUGCCCAUAGGUGACAUUGUUGCCGGUGAUGUCUGGUAAGGACCUGCCUUACAACAGGCCUACAAGCCCUCAGUCCAGCCUCUCUCAGCCGAUUGCGGACAGUCUGAGCACUGAUGCAGGGAUUGUGCGUUCCUGGUGUAACUCGGGCAGUUGUUGUUGCCAUCCUGUACCUGUCCCGCAGGUGUGAUGUUUGGAUGUACCGAUCCUGUGCAGGUGUUGUUACAAGUGGUCUGCCACUGCGAGGACGAUCAGCUGUCCGUCCUGUCUCCCUGUAGCGCUGUCUUAGGCGUCUCACAGUACAGACAUCUGCAGUCCUCAUGCCUCCUUGCAGCAUGCCUAAGGCAUGUUCACGCAGAUGAGCAGGGACCUGGGCAUCUUUCUUUUGGUGUUUUUCAGAGUCCGUAGAAAGGCCUCUUUAGUGUCCUAAAUUGUAAUAACUGUGACCUUAAUUGCCUACCGUCUGUAAGCUGUUAUUGUCGUAAUGACCGUUCCACGGGUGCAUGUUCAUUAAUUGUUUAUGGUUCAUUGAACAAGCAUGGGAAACAGUGUUUAAACCCUUUACAAUGAAGAUCUGUGAAGUUAUUUGGAUUUCUACAAAUUAUCUUUUGAAAGACAGGGUCCUGAAAAAGGGACAUUUCUUUUUUUGCUGAGUUUACUUUUGUCUCAUAUGUUUUUCCCUGAAUUAUAUUUCAUAUGAUUGAUUUGAGGGAAGGUGUUUGAUUGUAUGAAAUGGAUUGACUACAGCACUGUUCAGUAGAACUUGUGACCGUUUCAAUGGUGGUGAAUUGGGUCAUUGCACAGCUUGAGGCAGUAAAUAUCUUCGGCUGAGUAAACAGUUUCCCUAUUGAAAGCCCAUAAAACGUAUUUUCUAGUCAAAGCCUGCUUUGAGGCUGUAUAGUACUGUACUUUCUGAGUCAUAUUCAUUUUCUUUUUUCUUUUUCAGGACAUGGAUUUUGUGAAGUAUAUCAUUAAUUGCUUCAAAGUGUAUUAUCCAAAGUUUCUAUGUAAGUAUAUAAAAAAGUGUAACAAUAUGGAGUUCAUUCACAGGUUGAUCAAUCAACUUUGUGCGACACAGAUGGCCUACAUAAUUAGUAUUAUCAUUGACACACAUUGUGUGAAAUUAGUUUUAAUAAAUUAAUUUAAAAAACUGUACAUGGAAUCAUAUGAUUCCGUGUUGUGGCUAAUGCUACAAGAUUGUCUAUGACAUUUCACCCCUCAGUUAUGGUUUUGUCUUGUCAUUUCAGCCAAAAUGAUAAUUGUUGACAUGCCAUGGAUCAUGAAUGGUGAGUCAUGUAGUUAUUAAAAUUAUUUGCUAUAGAAAUGUUAGUGCCCAUGAGGAACCAGUCUUUAUGAUAAUCUAAUCAUCGUAGUUUGGACAUCGUAGUUGGGACAUACAGUGGGGAGAACAAGUAUUUGAUACACUGCCAAUUUUGCAGGUUUUCCUACUUACAAAGCAUGUAGAGGUCUGUAAUUUUUAUCAUAGGUACACUUCAACUAUGAGAGACGGAAUCUAAAACAAAAAUCCAGAAAAUCACAUUGUAUGAUUUUUAAGUAAUUAAUUUGCAUUUUAUUGCAUGACAUAAGUAUUUGAUACAUCAGAAAAGCAGAACUUAAUAUUUGGUACAGAAACCUUUGUUUGCAAUUACAGAGAUCAUACGUUUCCUGUAGGUCUUGACCAGGUUUGCACACACUGCAGCAGGGAUUUUGGCCCACUGCUCCAUACAGACCUUCUCCAGAUCCUUCAGGUUUCGGGGCUGUCGCUGGGCAAUACGGACUUUCAGCUCCCUCUAAAGAUUUUCUAUUGGGUUCAGAUCUGGAGACUGGCUAGGCCACUCCAGGACCUUGAGAAGCCUCUUACGGAGCUACUCCUUAGUUGCCCUGGCUGUGUGUUUCGGGUUGUUGUCAUGCUGGAAGACCCAGCCACGACCCAUCUUCAAUGCUCUUACUGAGGGAAGGAGGUUGUUGGCCAAGAUCUCGCGAUACAUGGCCCCAUCCAUCCUCCCCUCAAUACGGUGCAGUCGUCCUGUCCCCUUUGCAGAAAAGCAUCCCCAAAGAAUGAUGUUUCCACCUCCAUGCUUCACGGUUGGGAUGGUGUUCUUGGGGUUGUACUCAUCCUUCUUCUUCCUCCAAACACGGCGAGUGGAGUUUAGACCAAAAAGCUCUAUUUUUGUCUCAUCAGACCACAUGACCUUCUCCCAUUCCUCCUCUGGAUCAUCCAGAUGGUCAUUGGCAAACUUCAGACGGGCCUGGACAUGCGCUGGCUUGAGCAGGGGGACCUUGCAUGCGCUGCAAGAUUUUAAUCCAUGACGGCGUAGUGUGUUACUAAUGGUUUUCUUUGAGACUGUGGUCCCAGCUCUCUUCAGGUCAUUGACCAGGUCCUGCCGUGUAGUUCUGGGCUGAUCCCUCACCUUCCUCAUGAUCAUUGAUGCCCCACGAGGUGAGAUCUUGCAUGGAGCCCCAGACCGAGGGUGAUUGACCGUCAUCUUGAACUUCUUCCAUUUUCUAAUAAUUGCGCCAACAGUUGUUGCCUUCUCACCAAGCUGCUUGCCUAUGGUCCUGUAGCCCAUCCCAGCCUUGUGCAGGUCUACAAUUUUAUCCCUGAUGUCCUUACACAGCUCUCUGGUCUUGGCCAUUGUAGAGAGGUUGGAGUCUGUUUGAUUGAGUGUGUGGACAGGUGUCUUUUAUACAGGUAACUAGUUCAAACAGGUGCAGUUAAUAAAGGUAAUGAGUGGAGAACAGGAGGGCUUCUUAAAGAAAAACUAACAGGUCUGUGAGAGCCAGAAUUCUUACUGGUUGGUAGGUGAUCAAAUACUUAUGAUAAAAUGCAAAUUAAUUACUUAAAAAUCAUACAAUGUGAUUUUCUGGAUUUUUGUUUUAGAUUCCGUCUCUCACAGUUGAAGUGUACCUAUGAUAUAAAUUACAGACCUCUACAUGCUUUGUAAGUAGGAAAACCUGCGAAAUCGGCAGUGUAUCAAAUACUUGUUCUCCCCACUGUAUGUGUUUUUUUCCCCAGCUGCAUGGAAGAUUGUGAAGACAUGGUUGGGUCCAGAAGCCAUCAGCAAGCUCAAGUUUGCAUCCAAAAACGAGAUCCAGACAUUUAUUGACCCCGAGUACCUGCCUUUUCACAUGAAUGGAACGGUAUGUACCUGCAGUAUUCACCUCACUGAAGAUGGCAGUGACGCUAUCCAUCUAUCUAUGUCUCCCGAGUGGCGCAGUGGUCCAAGGCACUGCAUCGCAGUGCUAGCUGUGCCACUAGAGAUCCUGGUUUGAAUCCAGGCUCUGUCGUAGCCGGCCGCGACCGGGAGACCCAUGGGGCGGCGCACAAUUGGCCCAGCGUCGUCCAGGGUAGGGGUGGGAAUGGCCGGCAGGGAUGUAGCUCAGUUGGUAGAGCAUGGCGUUUGCAACGCCAGGGUUGUGGGUUCGAUUCCCACGGGGGGCCAGUAUGAAAAAUAAAAAAAUAAUGUAUGCACUCACUAACUGUAAGUCGCUCUGGAUAAGAGCGUCUGCUAAAUGACAAAAAUGUAAAAUGUAAAUCUACCUGGCUGCAUACAAUUUCAUCUUACUAUCUCAGCUGAUAAAUUCAAUUUUCAAAUGUCAACAUUUUAUAGGUUUUACUCUAUUCCUUCGCUCACUUUACAUGAGAAAAUGUGACUAACCUGUGACUAGUCAAUAUUUGGCCAUUAUCACAUUACUUCAGAUGGUUGACGUAAUAGUAUCUCUGACUUCAUUCCAGGACCCCUUCAAAUACAGCUAUCCCCCCCUUCCUGACGAUGACUUCCAAACACCCAUCUGUGAGAAUGGACCAAUCAUCAGCGAGGAUGACAACGAGAGCAAGGAGGGUGAAUCAGAGGGCAAGGAGUUGGAGUCAAGCUUUAGCUCCGAGGUCGCUGUCAAACCCAAAAAGGUACAAAGCCUCCCCUUUUAUUUAUUUACCAACUCUGGUAUUUUCUGUUCCUCUAAAUGUAGGUACAGCAAGGAAGAUGACAACAACACGUACAAACACAUGAUAUAUCCACGCUGUGGCUGCAUAUAAACUUCUUAUCUGGCUUGAAUAGUCUAUUACUUCUCCAUUUGAUUUUUAGAAGUAGUACAAUAUAGUCUGUCAUGUUUCUAAGGUAGCCUGCCAUUAAAUCUGAUGAAGGCUGCUGCUAUUACUCAUUAACAGUAGAGUGAAUAUAGUUUGCAGUGAGCUAAACUUGAUUACUCACGGUUUAACCCUGCAUGGGGCUCUCUUAGAAACAGCAGACACAUUUCUCAUCAUCAUUAGCUCUAAUUACCAUUAAACACACCCUGUCCACACUCUGCAGUCAAAUAAGACGUUAGAAGAAGUUCAGUCGAGUUCCUCCUCACUUUGAUGUGCAGUUUUACUCCCAGACCCUUUCAUUUCUCAAUGUUUAGUGUGAGAUUACAGUAUGUAAUCGGGGUCCUCUGUGGAGAGAGCUGUGAAUGGUUGAGGCGCUAAUGCCCUGAUUUGGCAGCUGUUAAGCUCCUCCUCAUUGUCUCGGUCAAGGUGACUCCCCAUGUCUCCAGCUGCAGCUUAAUCCUUCCUGUCGACUGACUGACUGUACCCACGCAUCGCAGUCCCACUCUCUGGGUCUCACUUACAGUCUCCCUCACUCAACCCAUGGCUCCUCUCAUCAGGCUAUUGAGAAUGUGUUAAGUCUGACUGCCGUCAAAGAAGCUCUUCCUAGCUGCGGUAGAGACCGCUUUUUCCCGCAUGCGUCGUUCGGCUUACCUGACUUCACAGCAGUGUUUAAAGCAGUUCCCAGAAUACACCCGCGGGGCCUACUUUCUUUUGCGUUGCCACUAAUGGUUUUGUCUCCAGCCGGCCCCCAUGCAGCCAGGGCCCAUCACAGAGGCAACCUGCAGCUCUAGGAUUUAACACACCUGCACACAGACACCAUCUAGUGCUCUCUGCUGUCGUCAGGCUGCUGCACCCUAGCAAUGGACAGCACAUCAUUACUGGUAUAUGCUGCACACAUUCCCCUCUCUCCCUCUUCCCGUAGGGGUCUUCACUGUUCAUCCACAGCGCCAUCUAUUUAGCCUCUACUUUGUGUGACAAGCAAAACAAACACACAUUGUAGCCUAUGAUAUAGGCUACUGUCAUAUAUACACUACCGUUCAAAAGUUUGGGGUCACUUAGAAAUCUCCUUGUUUUUGAAAGAAAAGCAAUUUCUUUGUCAAUUUUAAAAUAACAUCAAAUUGAUCAGAAAUACAGUGUAGACAUUGUUAAUGUUGUAAAUGGCUAUUGUAGCUGGAAACUGCUGAUUUUUAAUGGAAUAUCUACAUAGGCGUACAGAGGCCCAUUAUCAGCCUGUGUUCCAAUGGCACGUUGUGUUUGCUAAUCCAAGUUUAUCAUUUUAAACGGCUAAUUGAUCAUUAGAAAACCUUUUUUGCAAUUAUGUUAGCACAGCUGAAAACUGUUGUGCUGAUUAAAGAAGCAAUAAACCUGGCCUUCUUGAGACUAGUUGAGUAUCUGGAGCAUCAGCAAUUGUGGGUUCGAUUACAGGCUCAAAAUGGCCAGAAACAAAUAACUUUCUUCUGAAACUCGUCAGUCUAUUCUUGUUCUUAGAAAUGAAGGCUAUUCCAUGCCAGAAAUUGCCAAGAAACUGAAGAUCUCGUACAACGCUGUGUACUACUCCAUUCACAGAACAGCGCAAACUGGCUCUAACCAGAAUAGAAAGAGGAGUGGGAGGCCCCGGUGCACAACUGAGCAAGAGGACAAAUACAUUAGAGUGUCUAGUUUGAGAAACAGACGCCUCACAGGUCCUCAACUGGCAGCUUCAUUAACUAGUACCCGCAAAACACCAGUCUCAACGUCAACAGUGAAAAGGCGACUCCGGGAUGCUGACCUUCUAGGCAGAGUUGCAAAGAAAAAGCCAUAUCUCAGACUGCCCAUCUUAAUCAUUUUUGUAAAGUUUUUUUAGUUUUGAUUAAUUAUUAAUUAUUAUUUUGUGUUAAUUUUUUUAUUUUAGUCAUUUAGCAGAUGCUCUUAUCCAGAGCAACUUACAGUUAGUGAGUGCAUUCAUUAUUUUAUUUAAUUUUUUAUACUGGCCCCCCGUGGGAAUCGAACCCACAACCCUCUACCAACUGAGCUACAUCCCUGCCGGCCAUUCCCUCCCCUACCCUGGACAACGCUGGGUCAAUUGUGCGCCGCCCCAUGGGGCUCCCGGUCACGGCCGGUCGCAAACCACAAUCUCUAGUGGCACAGCUAGCACUUCAAUGCAGUGCCUUAGACCACUGCGCCACUCGGGAGGCCCUAUUAGCCAGUCUGAGAUAUGGCUUUUUCUUUGCAACUCUAGAUGUCAAGAUCAAGCUUCAUGGUUACAGCAGAGACAUUCAAUCCCCUCCUGGAUCAAGAUCCCUGUUGCCUAAAUUAUUAUAUAUAUUUUUUAUUGCGCCCCUUGUGUGCACUUCCGGUAAUACAGUAUACCCCGGUAUGGUACAGAAACGGUAUUACAGUAUGAAAAUCUGGAGAUCACCCAACCCUAUAUGUAAGCCGUUUGGGUAAUCUGCACCACUCUCGUAGCUCACAGGGGACUCUGUACAUAUACACACACACACACACACGUGCGUACACGCAGAUACACAGACCUACGCUCCAGAGUGGCCCCGUCAGCUACGCGUCACAAAGCUGCUCGCAUGAGCCUCUUAAGUGCCUGGAGCCUAAAGCGGCAAAGGCCCCAUUGUAAAGACCACCUUAGUCAUGCACAACAGAUUUAGAUUUACAAAAUGGAGAUAUGCAAAUUAGUCUGUAAAUACUUUGGUUAGUGGUAUCCAGAAUCCUUGGGACAUCCCUACCCUAACCUUAACCCCUACCCUAACUUCAACCAUAACCCUUACCUAACCUUAACCAUUUAAAAUGUCAACUUCAGUGGGGUAGGGAGGUCCCAAUAAUCCCGGAUAGCAAGGACCAAUAAUUCACACACAACCCCUGUCCUUGGAAAGGCCUGCUGACGGUGUUGUAACACUGCUGUGGCCUUGGAGUGUAGCUAUGUAUUUAUGGUCAGGGAGGGUCAGCCUGCCUUGCGCAACCCCAGAGGGAACGGUAUGGUUGGUGUAUGGUUCAGGUUCAGCCUGUGUAGUUAUUUUGACAUGAUCAGGGAAUGUCUGUUAGCUAAUAGACCAACUCAUAGCAUAUACUUGGAAUUGAUGAUGAUAAAUCAGUUUGACAAACCAGAACCUGAGCCUUAUCAAGUGUGUAUGGUUUUGUGUGUAGGCCUAUGUGAGAUUGAGUGGUAUGUGAAUGAGCCCAUUUAUACGCGUGAGUGAGCACAAUGUGGUCUUUGUUGCCUCUGACUAAUGAUCUACAUAGGCUAUAGGCUAAUCUCUUGGUUUGCUGUGAUUAAGGUUAGGGUCCUAACUCCAAUCAUGAUACCCAUUGCUUACAGCUUGUCUGUCUGCACACAUUCCACUGUCAUGAUCAUGUUUGCUGCUCCUCUCUCUACAUAAACAUUGUCCUCCCUCCUGAAUCAAUACCUGUGAGUCUCAACAGUGUGUUGAUACAGUAGCUUCGCAGAGCAAUCAGCUAAUUGCCUUUCUCUCUGUUUUGAACCAAGGGCUGGUCUUGGUAAGGCAUUUUAUGCUCUUAGCCUCACCAGCAGAAGCACUGAGUCCUGGAGAGUUCUGCCGUCUGAAAGGGCAGUCUGAGGGUUUUACUCAUGUAGAAUGUGUGAGUACGGCACCCUCGCAAUCUAAUCACCAUCAUCGACACAUUUAGCCUUUGAUUGAAUCCAAAAUGGACCUGGAUCAAACAUUUCAAAUUUCACCCCUACAAUGUGUUGCACUUUUUGGACUCAGUGAGAUGAUUUGGAAUUUGAUUACGUUUUUGAAGAGAUUCAUAGCCAAUCAAGUAGGCUAUCGGAUACAUUACUCACAAUACUGCAUCAUAAAAGAAGAAAAGUUCGCCAACCUUGAUGUCUGUCCCAGUGACCAGCUUUAUAACAUGGUGUUAUUUUAUCCAACUUGGGUAUUUUAUCUUACUUAAUAUAACAUUAGGGAAAUUGUGUUUCUGUAGUGAAAGGAAAGCAAAUGUGCCAAGUAUGUUGUACUGACCUUUUAAUCCAAAAGCAUACUGUAUUAUAUCAUUACUGUUCUGUUCAUUUCAAAUUAACUUGUAUUAUAAUGAUGAAUGUACUCAAUGUUUAUAAUACUAGGGAAAGAGUAUUCUACACUCUUACUACCACCAGCACUCAUGUUAGCAUAUUUUCACUUUUCUUAUGCCAGAUAUACCUGUAAUUGCAAGACCUACCUCUGUGUAUCGACACCUUUUCAAACAACGAGAGAGCACCUUUUAAAAAUUCAUCUGUAUUGUGCCUUACUGUCAAUAACCACUCCAGGGCCCAGUUUUUCUAAAGUUAUCGAUCCGGAUGUUUAUUCCUGAUCCUGUGCAAUUUUGUUUAGGUGAUUUUCAAAUUUUAGUCAGUAUGAUUAAUCUCAAUCUUAACUCAAUACUGUGUUUUUAACAAGAGUAUUUUGAUCCUGGUUUUGAUUAACCACAAUGAUAAAUGGAACAUUUGUUUUUCACUAGUAAUGUUUGAUUAACAAUUGAUUUUGUUAUGAUUUUAACUUUUAUGCAAUUAUUUGAUAGUCUAUUUAAUCAAUGGAAAUGCUGUCGUUUUUAUUUAUUUAAUCAAUAAAUCAGUCUAUGCCAGUCAAUUAUGCUCAUGUACAUUUCAACAGUAGCUAAUUAAUCCCCAUUAUAUCUUACUCAGUUGUGUAUUGCACUUGAUUUGAACACUGAAUAAAAAUAGACAUUUCAGAAGCAGCUCGGUAAGUGUCUCUUAAUGUCUUUAUUGUGUCAUCUGUGUGUGUCGCAGCGGCCUGCUGAAGUUGGAGCUGUGUGUGUUGCUUAUCACAGUAGAAGACACACUCCCCAUCUGACUCAUUAGUGCUUGUACACGGAUCACAGGCAGACCUCAGUCACCUCUCCUCCAGCUCUCCCAUCCUAUCACAUUCUCUCUCUCCUGCUGCUCUCCCUAUCUCCCAUCUGGUUCACACAAGCUGUGGGACUGGCCUUGGUCAAUAUGGUAUAGAGGCCAAAUGACGCUCGUCCCACCACAACUGACCUUUCAUCUGUCUUUCCCCAACUUUCUGCCAACGUUGAACAAACCAUGUGUUUUUAUAUCGGCUGUUCUGCGCUCUUGUGAACUCAUUGUGUGGGUGGGUGUAUGAGGGAGGGAGUUGGAUGUGGGCGAAAGUUUACGGUUAGUGAAGUGAAAGUGCUGACUGGCCAUUGUCAUGGGACCAUGUGUUCUCGCAGGACAUAUGUUUGUAGGGUUCCUCUUCUUAUUGCCUCACUGUAUUGUGAACAAGGUUCAGGGGUUGUCAUGGGGAUUGAUGUGUUGAUUAUGAAAUGACCUGUCACACACACACUCCCUAUUUUUAACUGAUAUAAUUUGAAAUAGACUAUAGUUCAGCAUUUAAUACUAUUAUUUAUAAAUGAAUAAAUAUUACUUAUGAGAAUUUGUAUCUUUAGAACACCUCUCCAAACAAAGCACUUGUCUCAUGAAGCAACUGUUGUGGUGUUUCAGGUGUAUUUCUCUGAGGAGAGUCAGAGCAGUCUGAAGCUGGAUGACAAUGACAAAGGAGACUGUCGGACGAAGGGAGCCAGGAAGCCACUGACCACAUUCAAGGGCCCUCUUCUACACGUCAGGUAUUCAACCCUCUCUCAGAGCUCCCUCUCUUAGUCAUCUCUUUCUGAAUACCAAAUCAAACCCUACUCACUAAAUCAAAUCAAAUCAAAUUGUAUUGGUCACAUGCGCCGAAUACAACAGGUGCAGACAUUACAGUGAAAUGCUUACUUACAGCCCUUAACCAACAGUGCAUUUAUUUUAAACAAAAAAAGUAAGAAUAAAACAACAACAAAAAAAGUGUUGAGAAAAAAAUAGCAGAAGUAAAAUAAAGUGACAGUAGGGAGGCUAUAUAUACAGGGGGUACCGUUGCAGAGUCAAUGUGCGGGGGCACCGGCUAGUUGAGGUAGUUGAGGUAAUAUGUACAUGUGGGUAGAGUUAAAGUGACUAUGCAUAAAUACUUAACAGAGUAGCAGCAGCGUAAAAAGGAUGGGGUGGGGGGGCAGUGCAAAUAGUCCGGGUAGCCAUGAUUAGCUGUUCAGGAGUCUUAUGGCUUGGGGGUAGAAGCUGUUGAGAAGUCUUUUGGACCUAGACUUGGCACUCCGGUACCGCUUGCCGUGCGGUAGCAGAGAGAACAGUCUAUGACUAGGGUGGCUGGAGUCUUUGACAAUUUUAAGGGCCUUCCUCUGACACCGCCUGGUAUAGAGGUCCUGGAUGGCAGGAAGCUUUGCCCCAGUGAUGUACUGGGCCGUACGCACUACCCUCUGUAGUGCCUUGCGGUCAGAGGCCAAGCAGUUGCCAUACCAGGCGGUGAUGCAACCAGUCAGGAUGCUCUCGAUGGUGCAGCUGUAGAAUUUUUUGAGGAUCUGAGGACCCAUGCCAAAUCUUUUUAGUCUCCUGAGGGGGAAUAGGCUUUGUCGUGCCCUCUUCACGACUGUCUUGGUGUGUUUGGACCAUGAUAGGAGACACAAGGUACUCCUGUAUCGCUGAAAGGAUCAGAAUAGUAUAAGCAAUAUGGUAAUUAUUUCACCUUGCCUUCUGGGUGGAAUUUACACAAUAUUGUUUAUCCAAUAGUUGCAGAUAUACAAGAGUUCCUAGAAUUCAGCAUAUCUCUCAGCUGCACUCAACGCUUAAAGAAUAGCAGGACUGAUAGCACAGUGACUAGGCUAUAGCUAAUCCUUAUCCACAUGGGCAGAUUUGAAUGGGUUGUAGAGUUUAGGAUGAAUUUUUAUUUUAUUUAUUUAUUUAACCAGGUAAGCCAGUUGAGAACAAGUUCUCAUUUACAACUGCGACCUGGCCAAGAUAAAGCAAAGCAGUGCGAUUAAAAACAACAACACAGAGUUACAUAUGGGGUAAAACAAAACAUAAAGUAAAAAAUACAACAGAAAAUAUAUAUACAGUGUGUGCAAAUGUAGCAAGUUAUGGAGGUAAGGCAAUAAAUAGGCCAUAGUGCAAAAUAAUUACAAUUAGUAUUAACACUGGAAUGAUAGAUGUGCAAGAGAUGAUGUGCAAAUAGAGAUACUGGGGUGCAAAUGAGCAAAAUAAAUAACAAUAUGGGGAUGAGGUAGUUGGGUGGGCUAAUUUCAGAUGGGCUGUGUACAGGUGCAGUGAUCGGUAAGGUGCUCUGAAAACUGAUGCUUAAAGUUAGUGAGGGAGAUAAGAGUCUCCAGCUUCAGAGAUUUUUGCAGUUCGUUCCAGUCAUUGGCAGCAGAGAACUGGAAGGAAUGGCGGCCAAAGGAGGUGUUGGCUUUUUGGGGAUGACCAGUGAGAUAUACCUGCUGGAGCGCAUACUACGGGUGGGUGUUGCUAUGGUGACCAAUGAGCUAAGAUAAGGCGGAGAUUUGCCUAGCAGUGAUUUAUAGAUGGCCUGGAGCCAGUGGGUUUGGCGACGAAUAUGUAGUGAGGACCAGCCAACAAGAGCGUACAGGUCACAGUGGUGGGUAGUAUAUGGGGCUUUGGUGACAAAACGGAUGGCACUGUGAUAGACUACAUCCAAUUUGCUGAGUAGAGUUUUGGAGGCUAUUUUGUAAAUGACAUCGCCGAAGUCAAGGAUCGGUAGGAUAGUCAGUUUUACGAGGGCAUGUUUGGCAGCAUGAGUGAAGGAGGCUUUGUUGCGAAAUAGGAAGCCGAUUCUAGAUUUAACUUUGGAUUGGAGAUGCUUAAUGUGAGUCUGGAAGGAGAGUUUACAGUCUAACCAGACACCUAGGUAUUUGUAGUUGUCCACAUAGUCUAGGUCAGACCCGUCGAGAGUAGUGAUUCUAGUCAGGUGGGCGGGUGCCAGCAGCGUUCGAUUGAAGAGCAUGCAUUUAGUUUUACUUGUGUUUAAGAGCAGUUGGAGGCUACGGAAGGAGUGUUGUAUGGCAUUGAAGCUCGUUUGGAGGUUUGUUAACACAGUGUCCAAUGAAGGGCCAGAUGUAUACAAAAUGGUGUCGUCUGCGUAGAGGUGGAUCUGAGAAUCACCAGCAGCAAGAGUGACAUCAUUGAUAUACACUCAAGCCCAGAGCAAGAUAUCGAUAUGUUUGUACCUGGACGGAUCGAUUGAUCUUGUAUCUGAACAGAAAUAAAGGAGGCCUGCGAUCAAUGGUGCAUUGAGUGGAAAUCAGUUGGUGCAGUUAAUUGCUGUGCUAAUCAAUGGAAUUAAUUGAUUGAUCAUUCCGUUGAUUACUGCCCAUAUUGACCAAGGAGCAGCCUGUAGUCCCCAUCAUGCAAAUUGGAUGGCUAAAUGAAUGUUGCAUUAGUGAUCGAGGGACACUUUUGUGCAAAACAUAGUUCAAGGUCAUUCUGUUACCUAAUUUUACUGUGAUGAUUUUUUUGUGAUGAAGCUGAUGUAUCCAUUUACCUUGAGGUUGAUUAUAGAGUGGCAUUCUUCAGUGUUCUAUUUUAUUUAUAAGAAUGUGUUGACUUAAGGUGACCCGUAUGGGGUGCCAUUGUUAAGUUGAGGUUGACUUCAGGUACAGUACUUGUGAGCUACCUCCAUUGAUGGCUAUUUUAAUGUCAAAUCAGAGAAUUCUUUCCCCGAGUCAUUUCCGUCUAGUUCAGUUUUUUUGGAGAGCUGACUCUUUGAUGUGAGAUUUGACAGCUCAGGGCUACGUAUUAGUGAUAAACAGAUUUUUAUGAGCCUUAAGUGCAAUUAUGUCUCUGAGCUGUGUUAGUCCUGAUUCCAGUGAGACCACAAGGAAGGCAGAACGCAGUGGGAGGGGCAUGAGAGGGGAGGCUUUGAUAUUCUGAAUAUGUUUGUCAAAAUAUUUCCUGGAGUCUAGAGAGUCAUUCUGGGCCCAGGGGAGCACUGUGCUCCUCAACACUUUACUGGGGCAAAGAACAAACACAGGAGGAUGUGGAGAGGAAGGAAGUUGGAACAAUCUGUUGUUUAGAGGAGCCGUAGCCUAUGGAAUUUACAGUGAGAGACUUUAAAGAAUGGCGCCGGAGGAGAUGGCUGCCGUUUUACGGGCUCCUAACCAAUUGUGCUAUUUUGUUUGUAACUUAUUUUGUACAUAAUGUUGACGCUACCAUCUGUUAUGACCGAAAAGAGCUUCUGGAUAUCAGAACAGCGAAUACUCACCUCGAACUGGACGAAGAUUUUUUCUUUAACGAGUCGGACGCGAAGGAUUUACUCCAGAUACCCGACCAGGCCCAAAUCCCCGUCAUUCGCAUGAAGAGAAGACGCCGAUACAGGGGACGCAGUUCCGGGUGCCUUGUGAGAAUUCGUCGGCGAGCGGGUAACCCGCCUCUACCAUCCGGCCUAUUGGCCAACGUGCAAUCAUUGGAAAAUAAACUGGAUGAGCUCCGUUCAAGACUAUCCUACCAACGGGACAUUAAAAACUGUAAUAUCUUAUGUUUCACCAAGUUGUGGCUGAACGACGACAUGGAUAAUAUACAGUUGGCUGGUUUUUCCGUGCAUCGGCAAGACAGAACAGCUGCCUCCGAUAAGACAAGGGGUGGCGGUCUGUGUCUAUUUGUCAAUAUCUCGAGGUUUUGCUCGCCUGAGGUAUCUCAUGAUAAGCUGUAAACCACACUAUUUACCAAGAGAGUUUUCAUCUAUAUUUUUCGUAGCUGUCUAUGUGGCGGUGCUUGCAAGCAAUUACGGUCUCCAAUUUGUAAGUCGCUCUGGAUAAGAGUGUCUGCUAAAUUAUGUAAAUGUAAUGUACAAAGGGAAGCCCAGCCGCGAGCUGCCCAGUGACACAACCUACCAGACGAGCUAAAUGAUUUCUAUGCGCGCUUCGAGGCAAGCAACACUGAAGCAUGCAUGAGAGCACCAGCUAUUCCGGACGACUGUGUGAUCAUGCUCGCCGUAGCCAAUGUGAGUAAAACCUUCAACAUUCACAAGACCGCAGGGCCAGACGGAUUACCAGGACGUGUACUCCGAGCAUGUGCUGACCAACUGGCAAGUGUCUUUACUGACAUUUUCAACCUGUCCCUGACCGAGUCUGUAAUACCUACAUAUUUCAAGCAGACCACACUGUGCCCAAGAACACCAAUGUAAAAUGCCUAAAUGACUACUGACCCGUAGCACUCACGUCUGUAGCCAUGAAGUGCUUUGAAAGGCUGGUCAUGGCUCACAUCAACACCAUCAUCCCAGAAACCCUAGACCCACUUUAAUUUGCAUAUUGCCCCAACAGAUCCACAGAUGACGCAAUCUCUAUUGCACUCAACACUGCCCUUUCCCACCUGGACAAAAGGAACACCUACGUGAGAAUGCUGUUCAUUGACUACAGCUCAGCGUUCAAAACCAUAGUGCCCUCAAAGCUCAUCACUAAGCUAAGGACUCUGGGACUAAACACCUCCCUCUGCAACUGGAUCCUGGUCUUCCUGACAGGAUGCCCCCAGGUGGUAAGGGUAGGCAACAACACAUCUGCCACGCUGAUCCUCAACACGGGGGCCCUUCAGGGGUGUGUGCUUAGUCCUCCUGUACUCCCUGUUCACCCAUGACUGCGUGGCCAAGCACGACUCCAACACCAUCAUUAAGUUUGCCGACGACACAACGGUGGUAGGCCUGAUCACCGACAACGAUGAGACAGCCUAUAGGGAGGAGGUCAGAGACCUGGAAGUGUGGUGCGAGGACAACAACCUCUCCCUCAAUGUGAUCAAGACAAAGGAGAUGAUCGUGGACUACAGGAAAAGGAGGGCCUAUUCCCCCUCAGGAGACUGAAAAGACUUGGAAUGGGUCCUCAGACCCUCAAAAAGUUAUACAGCUGCACCAUCGAGAGCAUCCUGACUGGUUGCAUCAUUGUCUUGUAUGGCAACUGCUCGGCCUCCGACCGCAAGACGCUACAGAGGGUAGUGCGUACGGCCCAGUACAUCACUGGGGCCAAGCUUCCUGCCAUCCAGGACCUCUAUACCAGGUGGUGUCAGAGGAAGGCCCUAAAAAUUGCUAAAGACUCCAGCCAACCUAGUCAUAGACGGUUCUCUCUGCUACCGCAGGGCAAGUGGUACCGGAGCGCCAAGUCUAGGUCCAAAAAGCUUCUUAACAGCUUCUACCCCUAAGCCAUAAGACUGCUGAACAGCUAAUCAAAUGGCUACCCAGACUAUUUGCAUUGACCCCCCCCCCCCGCCCCCCCUGUCUUUUGUUACGCUGCUGCUACUUGCUGUUUAUUAUCUAUUAUCUAUGCAUAGUCACUUUACCCCUACCUACAUUACCUCGACUAACCUGUACCCCCGCACAUUGACUCGGUACCGGUACCCUCAGUAUAUAGCCUCAUUAUUUUAUUGUUGCGGUUUUAUUUUUUACUUUAGUUUAUUUAGUAAAUAUUUUUCUUAACACUUAUUUUUCUGAAAACUGCAUUGUUGGUUAAGGGCUUGUAAGCAUUUCACUGUAAGGUCUACACCUGUUGUAUUUGGCACAUGUAACAAAUACAAUUUGAUUUGAUUAUGUGUGCUAGACAGGGAUUUUAAUCCUGUUGGCCAUAUCACUGAGUUUUCAGUAGGUACUGUAGCAGGCCAGCAGGAGUCCACAGCACUGCUUUGGAGAAGUGUUCACUGAGGCUGAAUUAUCCAAUUACAGAAAUGUCCCUUAAACCUGAGCCUGUUUAAGCAGUCUGGGGCGGGCGUGUUAGGGAGAGGAGGGGGAAUGGGGUGUGCUGAGUGUUGAAGAGCGAAUCAGAGCACCUCGUGGUUACUUUCUCAGGCCAUGGAUUUUUUGCUCUGCUGCUCCAGAUUUCAUAGCUUUGAUGCCAGAUCACAGAUGUUUUCACCCUGAUCAUAGAAGUUUUCACCCUAAACCUGGCUAAUAAUGUGGUGUAAUUCUCCAUGUUCUCCAUUAAUGGGUUCAGCUACGGCUGCUAGGCUAGAGCCAGCCUAGUACCCAGGGGCCUGACAGACAGCUCCAUAUGGGUCAGGAGGAGACACAGCACAUCAGAGACUGAGGGUUUGGCCCAGAGGAACAUACAGUCAGGCGCUAUUUCUCUGGAAAGAACCUCCUUUAAAAAUAUGCUGAAGAACAUGUUGACGUCAAUCAAGGCUCUCCUUAUGUUGAGAGAAGAAUAUAAUUCUGAUAAAUGGCAGAUACACACACACACACUGGUUUCAGCAUCUCUGUAGGAUACAAGGCUUUUUGUUUACACAAAGGUUAAAAAACAUUAAUCCACAUGCCUGCACAGAUGGACAUAAUCUGCAAUGUGUUAGCUAAGAAUAUUGAGCUAGAUGGUGGUACAGCAGCUGUUUAGUAAAUGUGUAACAACAGAAACUAACGGAAGCUACACGUCCCUGGGUAAUCAUACUACAAUCACUCUCAGGAAGCAACAUCUUCAUCUAAACUCACGAUGCUUAGCCAAACAGAUCGAUAAAGCUAAGAUAUCACAGAGAGGAACAACAACAGCACGCUGUAAAGCAAGCUACUGUUGCUAUCCACUUUUAACAGAUGUAUUGGGUUGUUUUGAACACCCAGAUAGCAAUUGUGGCCAAUGGCUUAAAGAAAAAUACAUUCAUUUAUUUAGUUAGACACAAAUUCAGUCGUAGCCGCCUUCUUCAUGUGCUGUUUCUUCUGUAAAAUGUGACGUCUUUUCACUUUCUUCCAGUCCAGCAGAGGAGCUGAGCUUUGGCACCAAAGAGUCGGAGAGGAAGUGUCUUAUCAUCCUCGAUAAUAUUUCCAAGAAUCAAGUGGCCUUCAAGGUGUGUACAUGCCCCAGUGUGCGUGUUUCUGUUUGUGUGUGUGUGUGUUUGAUACACAGUGGUGUGCAUUUGCACAAAAUACACAAUGGUGUUGUCAGUCUCCAAGCUGACCUGUGUGUGUCCCUCUACAGGUACGAACCACAGCACCUGAGAAGUACAGAGUGAAGCCCAGCAACAGCAGCUGUGAACCGGGAGCGUCUGUGGAUAUAGUGGUGUCUUUACAUGGCGGUAGAGUACUGAACUUAUCUCUCUGCACUCUCUCUCCUCCUCUUACCUACUUCUUCCUUUGGAUGUUUCCAAAUGUUCCCGCAGAAACUUCAGAAUAAUCAAAAGGUCCAGUCUAUUCGCUUUGGAAAGUGCUGACAGAGUGCAGCUUUCUUUUGCCCGACAUACAUAUUUUAAGAGUGAUAAAAUAAUAAUCUCUUAUCUUCCCCUAAACCGAGGCUUUCAGAAAUCUAAGAGGGUAAAUUAACUUUAUUGAGCCAGUCUCAGUACUCUCCUGGAAGGCUGAAACCCCUAAGGUCAAUGUUUUUCCGUCAAUCACUUGAGACCAACAUUGAGUUGGGAUGCAGGGACUUGGCUGAUAAGAAGUUCAGAGGCCUUCAAGCAUGGAAAUGUCAAUCAUGGCUUCUGAUGUACUAGACAUGGGUUUUUUGAAGAUUUGAAUUCUGGCACUAUUCCAAAGUUUGAGGAUUUUCUUCUCUCUCUCUGGGUUUUAACUUUGAAACUCAUGAAUUACAUGUUUGGGAGCCGCCAUCUAUCACUUCCAUCUUGUUCACUUAGCUCUAAUGGAUAAGAACCCUCACUGUUUCUGUAAAUGAGUCAGCUCUUUCAUUUCUAUCUCUGAGUCUUUGAUGGUGACAGCAGUGGGGUGAUCCCAUCCAUAUGUAGGACUCUAGAGACAUAAACUGAACAAUAUACAGAGAUUAAAUAUCAUUCAGAGUUCAAUGAGAGAACGAGUGCCCUGGAUGUGUUUAUGCAGGCUACCAGGCGUCUCUGCAGGACCGCUUCCUGGUCAUGGCUGCUGAGAUGGAGCAGAACGCUGGUACUGGAUCACCAGAGCUCGCUCAGUUCUGGAAGGACGUGCCCAAAACCAAGAUCAUGGAUCACAGGUACAUCACCAUCAAUGUCUCAUCAUGAACGGGAAUGGGAAUAUGUGAAUACGUUUUUUUAUCCAAGUCAUUGAUAUGCCACUAUCAAAAUCUAUAAUGACCUUAAGAUAACUUUGAUUGACUUAACCCAUCGUGGUCUUCCAGUGUACAUCACAGAUUGCCUCAGCAUGGCUAGUGAAUGUCAGUGACCUAGCAGGCUGAUAAUCCCCUCUCCCCGGCCCUUUCUGACAUGACUGUCUCCUGUCCUUCCUGUAGAUUACGAUGUCACGUCCUGGAGAGCACUAAGCCCAUUCUGAGCUAUCCGAGUGGCUGUAACAACCCCGUGGAAGGAGGAGCCAAUGGCCACCCAGACCUGCACACAACGGUGAGCUCUGAUUGGAAUAUACACCUCCACCCACAAUACUAUAUGAACCUAUACAGUGCCUAUAGAAAGUCUACACCCCCUUGAACUUUUUUCACAUUUUGUUGCGUUACAAAAUGGGAUUGAAAUAGAUUUCAUUGUACAAACAAUGUCAUUGAUCUACACAAAAUAGUCUGUAAUGUCAAAGUGAAAAUUAUCUUUUUUUUGUAUUAAUAAAAAUGUAAUAACUAAAAUAUAUUCACCCUGUUUGUUUAGGCAAGCCUAAAUUAGUUCAGAAGUAAUAUUUGUCUUAACACAUUACAUAAUAAGUUAUAUGGACUUUAUAGGGGUUGACAUGGUUUUUGAAUGACUUCCCCUGUCCCCCAUACAUGCAACAUAUGUAAGGUCCCUCAGUCAAGUAUUGAAUUUCAAGCACAGAUUCAACUACAAAGACCAGGGAGCUUUUCGAAACCCUCAUAAAGAAGGGCAGUGAUUGGUAGAUGGGUAACAAUAACAAAUCAGACAUUGAAUAUAUCUUUAAGCAUGGUCUAGUUAAUAAUUAUGCUGUGGAUGAUGUAUUAAACCACCCAGACACAUCAAAGAUGCUGUCGUCCUUCUUGAACUGAGCUGCAGGACAGGAAUGAAACUGCUCAGGGAUGUUAACAUGAGGCCAUUGGUGAUUUUAAAACAGCUACAGAGUUCAAUGGCUGUGAUGAGAUAACUGAGGAUGGAUCAUUAUUGUAGUGACUCCACAAUAAUGACCUAAAUGACAUAGUGAAAAGAAGAAUGCAAAUAUACAGAAUAAAAAAUAUUCCAAAACAUGCAACAAGGCACUAAAGUAAUACAGCAAAAAAAAAACGGGCAAAGGAAUAAACCUUUUGGCAUAAAUGUCAGAGCUGUAUGUUUGGGGCAAAUCCAACACGUCACUGAGUAACUGCCUCCUUAUUUUCAAGCAUGGUGGUGGCUGCAUCAUGUUAUGGGUAUGCUUGUAAUCGUUAAGGCCUAGGGAGUUUUUCAGGAUGAAAAGAAACGGGAUUUGAGCUAAGCACAGGCAAAAUCCUAGAGGAAAACCUGCUUCAGUCUGCUUUACACCAGACAAUGGGAGAGGAAUUCACCUUUCAGCAGGACAAUAACAUACAGCACAAGGCCAAAUCUACACUGGAGUUGCUCAGUAAAUGUUUUUGAGUGGCCGUUAGUUUUGACUUAAAUCGGCUUAAAUCUAUGCCAAGAAUUGAAAAUGCGUGUCUAGCAAUGAUCCCCAAGAUCUUGACAGAGCUUGAAGAAUUUAGAAAAGAAUAAUGGGCAAAUAUUGCACAAUACAGGUGUGCAAAGUUAUUUUAAGGAGUCAAGGAGACUCACAGCUGUAAUUGCUGCCAAAGGUGUUUCUAACAUGUAAUGACUCACAUGCUGACUAGACCGGGCACUUGCGUGCGUCCGCGUGCGCCAUCGCACGCAUGUUGAUUUUGUCCAUCCACACCAGACACGAUCAGGACACGCAGGUUAAAAUAUCAAAACGAACUAAUUUGGGGACUGGUCGAAACGCAUGAAACAUUCAUGGUAAUCUAGCUAGCUAGCUUGCUGUUGCUAGCAAAUUUGGCCUGGGAUAUAAACACUGGGUUGUUAUUUUACCUGAAAUGCACAAGUUCCUCAAUUCUGACAAUUAAACCACAGAUAAAAGGGUAAACCGAGUUAGUUUCUAGUAAUAUUUCCUCCUUCAGUCUUCUUCUUCUUUGGACUUUAUAUGGCGGUUGGCAACCAACUUUAAGGUGUAUUACCACCACCAACUGGACUGGAGUGUAGACCUCAGUUUAUCUUUCAAUCACCCACGUGGGUAUAUGCUCCUAAAAACCAAUGAGGAGAUGGGAGAGGUGGGACUUGCAGCGCGUCAUGCGUCAAAAAUAGAACCAAGUUCUAUUUUGGUGCCUGGCUACGCAGACGCGUCUGCUUAAAGCUAAACCAACAGACAGGGCUGGUAUUGGGGGGGGUGAAUGCUUAUCUAAUCAAGGUAUUUUAGUGUUUUAUUUUUCAUCCAUCUUUAAUGUCCACUUUGAAAUUACAGAAUAUUUUGUGUAGAUCGUUGACAAAAAAUGACAAGUGCAUCCAUUUUAAUUCCACUUUGUAACAAAAUAUAAUGAAAAAUAUAUAUACAGUUGAAGUCGGACGUUUACAUACACCUUAGCCAAAUACAUUUAAACUCAGUUUUUCACAAUUCCUGACUUUUAAUCCUAGUAACAAUUCCCUGUCUUAGGUCAGUUAAGAUCACCACUUUAUUUUAAGAAUCAGAAUAAUAGUAGAGAGAAUGAUUUAUUUCAGCUUUUAUUUAUUUCAUCACAUUCCCAAUGGGUCAGAAAUGUACAUACACUCAAUUAGUAUUUGGUAGCAUUGCCUUUAAAUUGUUUAACUAACCUCGCCUGGUUCGCCAACUACUUCUCAGAUAGAGUUAAAUGUGUCAAAUCGGAGGGCCUGUUGUCUGGACCUAUGGCAGUCUCUAUGGGGGUGCCACAGGGUUCAAUUCUUGGGCCGACUCUUUUCUCUGUGUAUAUCAAUGAUGUCGCUCUUGCUGCUGGUGACUCUCAGAUCCACCUCUACGCAGACGACACCAUUUUGUAUACAUCUGGCCCUUCAUUGGACACUGUGUUAACAAACCUCCAAACGAGCUUCAAUGCCAUACAACACUCCUUCCGUAGCCUCCAACUGCUCUUAAACACUAGUAAAACUAAAUGCAUGCUCUUCAAUCGAACGCUGCUGGCACCCGCCCACCCGACUAGAAUCACUACUCUCGACGGGUCUGACCUAGAGUAUGUGGACAAAUACCUAGGUGUCUGGUUAGACUGUAAACUCUCCUUCCAGACUCACAUUAAGUAUCUCCAAUCCAAAGUUAAAUCUAGAAUUGGCUUCCUAUUUCGCAACAAAGCCUCCUUCACUCAUGCUGCCAAACAUGCCCUCGUAAAACUGACUAUCCUACCGAUCCUUGACUUCGGCGAUGUCAUUUACAAAAUAGCCUCCAAAACUCUACUCAGCAAAUUGGAUGUAGUCUAUCACAGUGCCAUCCGUUUUGUCACCAAAGCCCCAUAUACUACCCACCACUGUGACCUGUACUCUCUUGUUGGCUGGUCCUCACUACAUAUUCGUUGCCAAACCCACUGGCUCCAGGCCAUUUAUAAAUCACUGCUAUGCAAAUCUCUGCCUUAUCUUAGCUCAUUGGUCACCAUAGCAACACCCACCCGUAGUAUGCGCUCCAGCAGGUAUAUCUCACUGGUCAUCGCCAAAGCCAACACCUCCUUUGGCCGCCAUUCCUUCCAGUUCUCUGCUGCCAAUGACUGGAACAAACUGCAAAAAUCUCUGAAGCUGGAGACUCUUAUCUCCCUCACUAACUUUAAGCAUCAGUUGUCAGAGCACCUUACCGAUCACUGCACCUGUACACAGCCCUUCUGAAAUUAGCCCACUCAACUACCUCAUCCCCAUAUUGUUAUUUAUUUUGCUAAUUUGCACCCCAGUAUCUCUAUUUGCACAUCAUCUAUUGCACAUCUAUCAUUCCAGUGUUAAUACUCAUUUUAAUUAUUUUGCACUAUGGCCUAUUUAUUGCCUUACCUCCAUAACUUGCUACAUUUGCACACACUGUAUAUAUAUUUUUCUGUGGUAUUUUUGACUUUGUUUUGUUUUACCCCAUAUGUAACUCUGUGUUGUUUUUAUCGCACUGCUUUGCUUUAUCUUGGCCAGGUCGCAGUUGUAAAUGAGAACUUGUUCUCAACUGGCUUACCUGGUUAAAUAAAGGUGAAAUAAAAAAAGAUAUAAGUUGGGUGAAUUUUGGCCCAUUCCUCCUGACAGAGCUGGUGUAACUGAGUCAGGUUUGUAGGCUUCCUUGCUCACACACACUUUUUCAGUUCUGCCCACACAUGUUCUAUAGGAUUGAGGUCAGGGCUUUGUGAUGGCCACUCCAAUACCUUGACUUUGUUGUCCUUAAGCCAUUUUGCCACAACUUUGGAAGUAUGCUUGGGGUCAUUGUCCAUUUGGAAGACCCAUUUGCGACCAAGCUUUAACUUCCUGACUGAUGUCUUGAGAUGUUGCUUCAAAAUAUCCACAUUUAGUUUCCUUCCUCAUGAUGCUAUCAGUCCCUCCUGCAGCAAAGCACCCCCACAGCAUGAUGCUGCCACCCCCGUGCUUCACGGUUGGGAUGGUGUUAUUUGGCUUGCAAGCCACCCCCUUUUUUUCUACAAACAUAACGAUGGUCAUUUUGGCCAAACAGUUUUAUUUUUGUUUCAUCAGACCAGAGGACAUUUCUCAAAAAAGUACGAUCUUUGUCCCCAUGUGCAGUUGCAAACCGUAGUCUGGCUUUUCUAUGGCGGUUUUGGAGCAGUGGCUUCUUCCUUGCUGAGCGGCCUUUCAGGUUAUGUCGAUAUAGGACUCGUUUUACUGUGGAUAUAGAUACUUUUGUACCUGUUUCCUCCAGCAUCUUCACAAGGUCAUUUGCUGUUGUUCUGGGAUUGAUUUGCACUUUUCGCACCGAAGUACGUUAAUCUCUAGGAGACAGAACGUGUCUCCUUCGUGAGCGGUAUGACGGCUGCGUGGUCCCAAGGUGUUUAUACUUGCGUACUAUUGUUUAUACAGAUUAACGUGGUACCUUCAGGCGUUUGGAAAUUGCUCCCAAGAAUGAACCAGACUUGUGGAGGUCUACAAUUUUUUGGCUGAUUUCUUUUGAUUUUCCCAUGAUGUCAAGCACUGAGUUUGAAGGUAGGCCUUGAAAUACAUCCACAGGUACACCUCCAAUCGACUCAAAUGAUGUCAAUUAGCCUAUCAAAAGCUUCUAAAGCCAUGACAUCAUUUUCUGGAAUUUUCCAAGCUGUUUAAAGGCACAGUCAACUUAGUGUAUGUAAACCUCUGACCCACUGGAAUUGUGAUACAGUGAAUUAUAAGUAAAAUAAAUCAGUCUGUAAACAAUUGUUGGAAAAAUUACUUGUGUCUUGCACAAAGUAGAUGUUCUAACUGACUUGCCACAACUAUAGUUUGUUAACAAGAAAUUUGUGGAGUGGUUGAAAAACGAGUUUUAAUGACUCCAACCUAAGUGUAUGUAAACUUCCGACUUCAACUGUAUAUUCCAAGGGGGGUUUAGACUUUCAAUAGGCACUGCAUAUUAACCAAUGUAUUUACUGUAUUUUAUUUACUUUCUUUGUAUUAUCUUUUUUUACACAAUUAGAGCCAUGGAGUUAUAAUUAUGGUGAAUUGUGUAGUUUACUGAUACAUUUUAGUGGUGUCAAAUUGAUAUGGGAGACUGAAAAGUUAAUACAUUAGUAAGAUGAAGUAACCAAAAGCUCUCCUUUGCAGCUGAUGCGUGUGAUGGUGUGUAAUGCCCGGCUGGAGCAGAAGCUGGACCAGUGUCUGUGGGUCCAGCAGGUCCUGAUUGGUCUGGUGCUGGUCGUCAUGAUGUUCAGCUUCCUGACUCUCUACCACCUUCCUGGGGCUUCCUGACUUGACUCAACCUUGUCUACAGCAGCUUAAAGCUAAACCAACAGACAGGGCUGGUAUUGGACUCUGUGAUAAAAAAAAAAACGAAGGCAGACUCUCAUCUCUACAAGGUCUGUCAUCAUGGAGAUGAAGGGAUGCUCUAUUAUGUAGCAGUGAACUAGGGACAUGUGAACUUGUGGAGUUGUCAGUCAGUUUCCCAGAGAGAUUCGUCAUAGCCUCCUUGGCGUUGUGAGAGGUACCGUAGCUAAAGACUCUCGACACCGUGAAAUGAAAUCAAUAAUGUAUUUUUUAUUACUAAUCAUGAAAUUAUAUAUGAAGUCUAUUUAUUUCAAUAUGUAACAUGUAAUGUAUUCAUUAUUCAAUAUGUAAUAUGUCACAUGAUGAAGAAGAUUUUGUUAAUUUUUCUGUUCCUAAUGUACAUUUCAAUUUAAAUAUAUACAGUAUAAACAUAUCCGGUCAAGAAUAAACGUGCAC